GAGGAUUAUCGUCCCGGUGGCUUCCAGCUGACCGACUUCCAAAGAGGGGAGAGGGUGGAAGCGUGGGAGCUUUCUGCCACCACCAAAUCCGAAUUUCUACGCUUCUUGCGAGAUGGGGGCGGGCGUGGUUCUGCUGCCGAAAACGCACAGCCAUGGCAAGGGGCGCGGCGCGAGGCAAGAGAAGCAGCACGAUUCCUGGAACAGUUCAUGGUGGAAGCCCUCGUGGGAAGAAGGAUGGCAGGAGAUCUUGGGACGGCUGGUCGGGUUCCACAUGGCAUGGCACCGAUACAUGGCAAGAGCGGAGCUCAAGGUCAUCCCAGGAGUCGUGGGCCUCGCAAGAGCCAGUGCUGAGCGGUUAUACCAGGCAGGCGCUGGAUGGCCUGGGCUGCCAUGAAGGAGGCACCCUACAAUCUGCCAUGAUCCGAGAGUUCCUGCGAUCGGAGAGCUUGGGCAAAGUUUUGGCCAGACUGGACCCGGCACGAUGCCACAGGGCGGAGCAGGAAUAUUGGCGGCUGAUUGAAGAAAUCAACAUUACAGACUUGAAAUACAGCCACAACAACAUUUCCAGAAAGUUCCUGCAUGGAGAUCAGGAGGGCCUGCCUGUCGAGAGUUUGGCCCACGACCUGUUCGCAGGAAGAUUGCAGCCAACCGACGUUGCAGCACUGGUGGGUGUCAGAUGGCAGGGCAAAAUCUUCGUGAUUUGCGGCAAUCGGCGCUGUAAGGCAAUGAAGCUCUUUGCUGAGUGGUCCGCCUCCUGGGGCCGACAGCCGAAGGCACGCGUCAUAGUGCACGAUUUCCCCGGCUUGUCGGGCAUAGAAGACCCGGAUGUCCGCUGGGCAUUCAUGCUCAAAGCUACUGAGGCCAUGUCCACCCUCACGGGCGGAGAGUCAGUUCAAGUGGGGCGAAGAUGCAGACAUCGUUAA